AAGAUGGCCGACCGAGAUGGUCGGCUAUCACCUGCUUGUCUUGAUGAUUUAGAGGACGAAUCUUUAGAUCCAAGAAUUCAUGGUGAAUUAGAAAGAUUGAAUAAAGCAUCAGAAGAAAUAAAUAAAUUAGAAUUGGAACUUGAUGAUGCUAGAGCAAGCUUUAGACAAGCCCUCACAGAUUCCACACAACAACUCAAUGCUUUGGCAAAAAAACUGGGCUCCUGUGUGGAGAAAGCUCGACCUUACUAUGAUGCCAGAAUGAAAGCCAAAGAUGCCCACAUUGAGACCCAGAAGGCAGCAUUGAGGUUUGAAAGAGCAUGCAGUAUGCAUGAGGCAGCAAAGGAAAUGGUACAGUUAGCUGAGCAGGGCUACAUGUGUAGGGAGGAACCAUCAGACCCUGCCUGGCAAGAGAUGCUGAAUCAUGCCACAAUGAAGGUGAAUGAAGCUGAAAAGGAGAGGAAUGCAAGUGAACAGGACCACAGAAAUACCAUGAUAAAAUUCCAGGACACAGAGGAAGUUGUCCAUCAUUUACAGAGGGAGCUAAAGAGAGCUAUAGCCAAAUCUAAUUUUUCAACUCGUCGAAGUUUCCUACAGAUGAGUGAUCUUGUAAACCAAUAUCAUUUAACAAUGUUGCCAUACUUUGAAAUGAAGGCCAAAUUUAAUCAAACAAUGGAGGAACAGAAGCGAGGGAUUAAAAUUCUGGAAGAAGAUGUUGGCUCAGCCAAAACCAUGUACUCUGAGGCCCUUAGGAACCUAGAGACAAUCAGUGAUGAAAUCCACCAACAAAGAAUGGAGAAAAGGAGAAAUGAUGAGCUGGGAGAGAGGGGAGCUGGGGUGGGAUCUGAAACUCCCUCCCCUCCCCCCUACAGAGACUCUGGUCACUCAUAUGGUGAGGGACAACAUUCUGGGUCUGAUACACAGGAUUUUAUACCCCCUUCUGUCAUACAUCCAUCCACUGAAAAAGCAAGGAAUGCCAGUUACUUAAAAGCUGUGGACAAUGCUGAAGAGGAGGAGUUUCCAGUGCCAAGUUUAGAGAGUGAGUACAAGUCCCUCCCAGAACCUCACAGACCAGCUUUAAGAACUCGUAGUGUUCCAAUACAGGAUGAUGUGUUCACUGAGGACCAACGUGACAGGAGUCAAUCAUUGAGACACUCUCUGCCAAAUCCAGUAAAGGUAGAUCAAGGUCAAUCCUCAUCUGACCCCUCAAGACUUAACAAAACAGAAUCUCCUACUCGUUCAAGAAAGAAACUUCAGGCUGGAGGGUUAAUACUCAAAAUAGACUCAGGUAUGGACCCCUUAGCAGGAAUCCAGAGUGCUCCUUUAAAACCUACUCGUUCAUCAACAAGAUCUCAGGGCAAGUCUCGAAGUAGUAGAAAGUCCAAGAAUGCUAAUGGUAUCUCUCCUCAAUCGAGCGUGCUCAGUAUUCCCAGUGGAGAUGAUGGGGAGAGUUCAGACUGUGAGAGUGUGGUGAGCACAGGACCUAUGUUGGAUGAUGAUCAGGUCUUGGCUCUCACACUGGACUUUGAUGAUAAGAUCACCAUUGAGGAAGACUCCCCACCAGCUCAUUUAGAUUGGCGUCGGAAGAGCCUCCCCCCAAACCUUAGUCAUUUAGAACACUUUCUACAUAAACCUGUAGCUGAUGAUAAAAAUGCCUAGUGGAUUUUUACUAGGUUGUUAUGUCUGUCAGACAAGUACAUCUUUUAUUGUUAUACAUUGUUGUAAACUCAGCUUUCCUUCAUAAUGAUUUUUGCGUGACAAAAAAAGAAACAAAUCCAAAAUAUUUGGGUCAGUGGUUAAAAAAUUCAUUUACUUUUAAAAACAUUCCAGUUGAAUAAUAUUUAUCGCUUUUCUCACUGAAAUCAGGCUUUAUAAUAGUGCUUUAAGCUCAUGUAUGUCUGAAAAAAAAAAAACAAACUGAAAGUAUCAGAUAGUGGUCAAAACUGAUUGUGGAGAAAGCUGUAUUACUCUAGUGUUAGUGAUCUGUGUUCCUCUGAGAACAGGGUAUCUUUGUUGGUGCUUGUGUAUCUGCUGUAUCAUGUAUUAGUUCUUCCUUUUAGUGACUAUAUAGUAGUGUGGAUCAAGUGACUUGCAUACCUUGCUUAUGUUAGACAGACAUCUUUCUUUGGUACUUAAAUUUGAUUCACCUUUCUAAUGAAAUGGAUUAAAAAGUGUUUUAUUGUCUAUUUUGGAGAUGCUGUAUGACUUUUCCUGCAGUUGAUUUUCGAACAUACAAGAUAUCCAAUGUAUAAUGGCACAGAUAAUAACUUUUUAGUGAACUUUUUAGAAUUUUUUUUUUCAAAUAAAAUCUUUUUUAAUCUUUCAGUUAUAUUUUCAGUCAGUCAUUUUCUAUCAUAUACAUGUAAAUGUAGUCCUUCAAAAUUAUGUCUUUGUUUCAAUCAUCUACCAGGUAACUCUAAAAUUGUGAAAUAAAGUCUGGGUCAUUAGACAUUGGAUACUUUAACAGGAGAUAAACCUAGUCAAUUCAUAAUACCUGAUCAGUAUUUUCACAUUAUGUCUGUUAUGUGAUUUUACAUUAACAAUGUUUUAGAAAUAUUGAUAUUCCGAAGAGAAAAAUGGCAAUUUUACAUUUUAAACAAAAUUUUUGUAUAUGUCCUCUGAAAUGUACUGCUAUUGUCAUAAAUCUGAUGAUUUUAAGAGACUUAGAAUUGAAUUCUUUCUGAUAUCAGAAGUACAGUUGAAUAUUUGUAUUAUCAAAUCUCCAUUUCUUUUUGAGAUAAGUUUUCAGUGCCUCAUAAUGUGAAGCAUAAUCAAAAUAAAUGUCGUAUUCCUCAAGAUCAGGCUAGUAUUAUCCACAUAGCUCUUGAUUUAUCUUUAUUGAUAUUAUGUGUGAAGUUUUUAAAUAUAUUUGAAAAAGGUUUGGUGUUUGGUAGUACUGCCUCAUUUUCUACAACCUUUAUUGUCUCCAUCAUUGAAAAUGGAGAUAUUUAAUGAAACCUUGUUCCCCUAUCUGUCUUUCUUUGAUAUCUGCACUUUAAUAAAUAGUACCAGUAGAAUGAAAAUUUCCAUGUACACUAUUGUUUAUUUUGAUAAUGUCCUCCCUUAUUUGCUUUGGGGUUAAUUAAUGAAUUGAAGGGUGUGGCAUUUAUUUUUUAGUUGGAAAAAUUUCAGACAUCAAAAUUACCAUAGAACAGUUCCAUUUUGGAUGUUUGUAUUUGAAGUUGUGGGUCGUAGAAUGAUUAAAGUAUUGCGGUUACAAUUUCAAUUUUACUCAAACUUGUUGCUGGUUGAGACAUGCAUGACAUUCUAGAUUAUUCUUCAAGUUAGAUUAAAAGCAUUGUUGUUGAAUAAAGAGGAAAAAAAAACCUUAGUUAACACUGCUGUAUUGAAAAAACCGUUUGUCUUAUUUUCUUAUUUUCUUGUUUAAAUUUUUAUAAUUCAAACAUUAAUUGGGUGAUAUUUUCUUCAUGAUCUAUUUUAGUUUACUGUUUUUAUUUCUAAUUAUUGACAUUCACAACUGUCUGUAAAUCCAGUAAAAAGAAAACAAACCAUUAAUUUGAAGUAAUCAAGAAUACAACUAGAUGGUUUAAUACUGCAUAAUGUGUGUUACUGUAGGCAGUAGAAAUAAAAUUGCACAAUACUGA